AUGCCUUCCUUCACUGCUAUCUCCGCCGCCGCCAUCUUGGCCUUCUCUGGCAUGGCCUCCGCCAUUCCUCAGUACAACUUCGCCAAUGGCACCACCGCUUCGCCUGCUGCCUCUGGCCGUCCCGUCACCAGCAUGCCUGCUGGUGGUGCCGCUGGUGCUGGCCGCCCCGGUAGCAACUCUACCUCUUCCGCUGUCGCCGGUCGCCCUAGCUCCAACUCCACCGUCCCUACCCUCGACGGCAAGUUCUGCCCUGGUCUUGACCUCUCGCUCUACAUCGACAGAUCGGGUGCUACCUUCCAGAUCGAAUGCGACACCAACCAUUUCGGUGUCAUAAUUGAUAUCCAGGUCAACCUCACCAGACGUGCUGUCCCUUCCAGCCUUGACGACUGCAUGAACCUUUGCGAUGCUACCGCCACCUGCGUCGGCACCGCUUUCGACACCAACGCUCGCUCUUGCACUCUCUACAGCGAUGUUCAGGCCGCCUACGCUCAGCAGGGCAUCCAGUUCGCCCAGCGCGUCGCCAACGGAAACGGAGCCGGCAAUGGCGCUGGUGCCGGUAACGGCCAGGGUGCUACCACUAUCCCUGCCGGCGGUCUUGCCACCAGCACAAUUUACAGCACCAACGUUGUUACGAUCCAGUCGUGCGCUCCUACUGUCACCAACUGCCCUCUCAAGAACGGCCAAGGCGUCGCUGUCACUCAGGUUGUCCCAGUCUCCGAGACUGUCUACGUCUGCCCUACUCAGACUGUCAUCCCCGCCGCUCCCAUUGCUUGCAACAACUGCCCUUACACCGCCUCUACCGCCACUGUCUUCUCAGCAUCUUCCGGAACUAUGAUGCCCGUUUCGACCACUGUCUACCAAUGCCCCCAGGCCACUGGCACCACUGUCACCACCACCAUCUGCACCGCUUGCGCUCACCCUACUGCCAACAUGAACAACGGCAACGGAAACGGCAACGGUAACAGCGCUGUCACCUCGACCGUCACUCUCUGCAACGGCGAGCACUGCCCUGCCACCGCCACUGGUGCAAGCUCCACCAUGGCCAAGUACACUCCCACCACCUCCCAGAUGGCCAUGUUCACUGGUGCUGCUUCCAACGUCCAGGCCGGCGCCAUGGGCUUCGCCGCUAUGUUCGGUGCUGCCGCUCUCGUCCUCUAA